AUGCGGUUUACCGACAUUGGUAUCUGGGCAGCGUCCCUUGUCGCCUCUGUGAGCGCUGCGUCCACCUUCUUGCCUGCACGUCCACCAGCGUUGCCACUGGCCGUCAAGUCUCCUUAUUUGAGUACAUGGCAGGAUGCCGGCAGCGAUGGGGGCAAUGGUGGAUAUUUGGCCGGGCAAUGGCCUGUAUUCUGGAAUAACCAAGUGACUGGCUGGUGUGGUUUGAUCCGUGUGGACGGUACCACUUACACCUGGAUGGGUCUGCCAAAUACCAAACUUGUUGAUCAAACUGCAUUCGAAUAUACGUCCACCAAGAGCAUUUUUACAAUGAAUGUUGGGGGAAUGGUGGAGAUGAACAUCACUUUCAUGUCUCCUCUUACACCCCACGAUUUCAAGCGCCAGUCCCUCGUCUUUACUUAUCUGAAUGUGGAUGUCUCGUCCUUAGACGGCAAUGAGCAUGAUGUACAACUUUAUGCUGAUAUUUCCGCCGAAUGGGUCGCCGGUGACCACUCUGCUAUCGCACAAUGGGACUAUGGAACAUCCGAGGGUGUCGCAUACCACAAGGUGUUCAGACAAACUCAAUUAGCUUUCUCUGAGACAAACCAGCAAGCUGACUGGGGCAAUUGGUAUUGGGCAACCGAUGCCGCCAACGGAAUGACCCAUCAGUCUGGUCAGGAUUCGGUAGUUCGAGGACAAUUCACAAACAAUGGAGCUUUGACCAACGGCGUCGACACGAACUACCGCGCGAUCAACAAGGACUGGCCUGUGUUCGGCUUUGCAUCCAACUUGGGCAAAGUCUCGUCCACGCCUAUCAGCACACUUUACUCUCUGGGUCUCACCCAGGAUGAGGCGAUUCAAUUCGAAGGCGCCUCCGGCUAUGCUCCUGUCCCCUCGCUGUGGAAGAGCUACUUCGAUACCGACGUAGCCGCCCUUACCUUUUUCCACAAGGACUUCCUUGAGUCCACUCAUAUGUCAGAUUCUUUUGAUGGCAUGGUCGCUAAAGAUUCUAUUGCUGCUGCUGGUCAAGAUUAUCUGACUCUGACCUCGCUGUCAGCUCGACAAGCCUUUGGCGCUACUCAACUGUGUGGGACCCCAGAUCAGACGUAUGUUUUUUUGAAGGAAAUCUCUUCGGAUGGGAACAUGAACACGGUUGAUGUUAUCUUCCCUGCAUACCCCAUCUUCUUGUAUUCCAAUCCUGAAUACCUCAAGUUGGUUCUGGAUCCCUUGUUUAUCAAUCAGGAGAGCGGCUAUUAUCCUCAAAGCUAUGCCAUGCACGACAUGGGCUCAAGCUAUCCUAACGCUACUGGUCACAACGACGGUAAAGACGAGGCCAUGCCUCUGGAGGAAUGUGGCAACAUGAUUAUUAUGACCUUGGCCUAUGCCCAGAAAGCCGACGAUAACGACUAUUUGAGCGCCCACUACGCCUUGCUCAAGAAGUGGGUGAGCUACCUGGUCGACGAGGCUUUGUAUCCGGCCAAUCAAAUCUCUACCGAUGACUUUGCGGGAUCACUGGCCAACCAAACCAACCUGGCACUUAAGGGAAUGAUUGGAAUUCAAGCCAUGUCUGUCAUUGCUGAGCGGACUGGUCAUGCCGCCGACGCUAAGAAUUAUUCCACUAUCGCCCACGACUACAUCAAGCAGUGGCAGACUCUGGGCAUCAAUUCGAAGGCGAAUCCACCCCACACUACUUUGUCGUACGGCGACGAAAACAGCCACGGUCUUCUCUACAAUCUCUUCGCCGAUGCCCAGCUUGGAUUGAACUUGGUCCCUCGGAGCGUGUACCAGAUGCAGAGCGACUUUUACCCGACCGUCGCUGAAAAGUACGGUGUACCUUUGGACACUCGUCACACUUAUACUAAAGGCGACUGGGAGUUAUUUGCCGCCGCUAUUGCCAGCACUUCUACUCGGGACAUGUUCAUCCAGGACCUUGCCAAAUGGGUGAAUGAAACUCCCACGAACCGACCCAUGACCGAUCUUUACGACACUGUCAGUGGAAACUAUCCUGGUAUUACCUUUGUGGCUCGACCUGUGGUGGGUGGUUCAUUUGCACCGCUCCUUGUGGCCUAA